AAAUUUAGGUAUAAAAUGGUCUAAAAUUUAAUAAAACGAUGGCAAAGUCUUAUUUAAGCAUUUGGUGCAGAUCUAUUGAUAUAAGUACUCUCAAAAACCAUAAAAAGGAGUAAAAAUACAUUUGAAAUUUGUAACUAAAACAACAUAAAAUGAAUGUUACUCUAACCGCUGUGGUUUUACUGACCACAGCUGCACUUUGCUACGCAGCUGACGCAGAGUGUAAGUACCGUAAGACUCGAAAAUUAGCACUUCACUGGCCGGAUCCUAGCAAUUGCACUCGUUACUAUCGUUGUACGAAUAGAAGUGUAAAACGAGAAGUAGUUUGCGCCGAGGGCAAGGUAUAUAAUGCGAAGACAGGCAAGUGCUCAAAUAACUCCGAGGGUCUUUGCAAAUUGACAUUAGCCAUGCCUUUAGAUUUGACUGUCAACCCAUGUGCUAAUGAAAUCUCUGGUGUUUACCUUGCUCAACCUGGAUACUGUCGUAAUUUCUAUAUUUGCAGCCAAAAUCAAGCUUAUCCACAGAUUUGCGACGCUGGAAGUCGUUUUAAUUCUACGGCUAGAACAUGCGUGCCAGAUACUAACUCUGAAUGUUGGCAAAAUAAGUGUGUUAGUGAAAAAAAUGGUACAUAUUUGCCUAAUGAAUCUUCAUGUUCUUCAUUUUACCUGUGUUCUGCCGGCGAAGCAAUUGAACAGGAAUGCGGUAACGGUAGUUAUUUUAAUACCACCAAGAGGAUCUGUCUGCCUGACCCAGACGGACAGUUUUGUUGGGAGAAUUUAUGCAUAGGCAAAAGAGAUGGAGAGUUUGUACAGAAUAUCAUGGAUUGCUACAGUUAUUAUGUAUGUGUUGCAGGAAAACCAAUUCAGCAAUAUUGCCCAGAAGGUAGCUAUUUCGAUUCGGCUGAGAUUGGUUGCGUGCCUGGUAAGUGUUUACCAAAUACAACCGAAAUUCCCACCACGGAUACAACAACAUCAACCACGGAUUGUAUCAUUGAAAGUACAGAAGUUACAACACCUGUCACUGAAGCCGCUUGCGAUUGUCCUGGUGGUUAUAAGGAAGGUGCAUUAGUACCUUUCCCAAACUAUCCCGAGAAUUGUGAUAAAUAUUAUGAAUGUUCGAAUGGAAAACUUGAGGAAAAAGAAUGCGGAGAAGGAAAUCGCUUUAAUAGCGCCCUGGGUGUAUGUGAACCUGAUGUUGAUAAUAUUUGUUGGCCAGUUAUCACUACUGAAUGCCCUGAAGUUGCAACACCUGUCACUGAAGCCGCUUGCUAUUGUCCUGGUGGUUAUAAGGAAGGUGAAUUAGUACCUUUCCCAAACUAUCCCGAGAAUUGUGAUAAAUAUUAUGAAUGUUCGAAUGGAAAACUUGAGGAAAAAGAAUGCGGAGAAGGAAAUCGCUUUAAUAGCGCCCUGGGUGUAUGUGAACCUGAUGUUGACAAUAUUUGUUGGCCAGUUAUCACUACUGAAUGCCCUGAAGUUACAACACCUGUCACUGAAGCCGCUUGCGAUUGCCCUGGUGGUUAUAAAGAAGGUGAAUUAGUACCUUUCCCAAACUAUCCCGAGAAUUGUGAUAAAUAUUAUGAAUGUUCGAAUGGAAAACUUGAGGAAAAAGAAUGCGGAGAAGGAAAUCGCUUUAAUAGCGCCCUGGGUGUAUGUGAACCUGAUGUUGAUAAUAUUUGUUGGCCAGUUAUCACUACUGAAUGCCCUGAAGUUACAACACCUGUCACUGAAGCCGCUUGCGAUUGUCCUGAUGGUUAUAAAGAAGGUGAAUUAGUACCUUUCCCAAACUAUCCCGAGAAUUGUGAUAAAUAUUAUGAAUGUUCGAAUGGAAAACUUGAGGAAAAAGAAUGCGGAGAAGGAAAUCGCUUUAAUAGCGCCCUGGGUGUAUGUGAACCUGAUGUUGAUAAUAUUUGUUGGCCAGUUAUCACUACUGAAUGCCCUGAAGUUACAACACCUGUCACUGAAGCCGCUUGCGAUUGUCCUGGUGGUUAUAAGGAAGGUGCAUUAGUACCUUUCCCAAACUAUCCCGAGAAUUGUGAUAAAUAUUAUGAAUGUUCGAAUGGAAAACUUGAGGAAAAAGAAUGCGGAGAAGGAAAUCGCUUUAAUAGCGCCCUGGGUGUAUGUGAACCUGAUGUUGAUAAUAUUUGUUGGCCAGUUAUCACUACUGAAUGCCCUGAAGUUACAACACCUGUCACUGAAGACGCUUGCGAAUGUCCUGGUGGUUAUAAAGAAGGUGAAUUAGUGCCUUUCCCAAGCUAUCCUGAGAAUUGUGAUAAAUAUUAUGUAUGUUUGAAUGGAAAACUUGAGGAACAAGAAUGCGGAGAAGGAAAUCGCUUUAAUAGCGCCCUGGGUGUAUGUCAACCUGAUGUUGAUAAUAUUUGUUGGCCAAUUAUCACUACUGAAUGCCCUGAAGUUACAACACCUGUCACUGAAGCCUCUUGCGAUUGUCCUGGUGGUUAUAAAGAAGGUGAAUUAGUGCCUUUCCCAAACUAUCCCGAGAAUUGUGAUAAGUAUUAUGAAUGUUCGAAUGGAAAACUUGAGGAAAAAGAAUGCGGGGAAGGAAAUCGCUUUAAUAGCGCACUGGGUGUAUGUGAACCUGAUGUUGAAAAUGUCUGUUCACGAAUGAAUUGUGAUGAUGAAAACUAUAACUUAGUCGGACGACGUAAUAAGCGAAGUGUGGACAGAUCUUCGUUUAACGCAAAAAUAACUGCUUCCGUCUCAAACAAUUUGGAAUCAGAUUGCAUCUGCCCUGGUGGUUACAAAGAAUCGGAAUUGCUACCGUAUCCUAACUUUCCUGAAAAUUGCGAUAAAUAUUAUAUCUGUACUGACGGAAGGCUUCAAGGUCGGGAGUGCGGAGUAGGCAAUUAUUUUGACAAUAAUCUUGGUACAUGUGAACCUGAUGUAAAUAAUAUUUGCUGGCCAGCUGAAAACAAUUGCACUUGCCCCGGCGGCUACAAAGAGUCGGAAUUGCUACCGUACCCUAACUUUCCGGAAAAUUGCGAUAAAUAUUAUAUCUGUACUGACGGUAGGCUGCAAGGACGGGAGUGCGGAGUGGGCAAUUAUUUUGAUAAUAAUCUCGGCACAUGCGUACCUGAUGUUAAUAAUAUUUGCUGGCCAAAUAUAUGCAAUGGUCAACCUGACGACACCUUUUUGCCUGACCCUACAAAUUGCACUUCAUUUUAUUAUUGUAAAGGCGGUAAAGCAGAGUUAACUGACUGUCCACCGGAGAAGUGGUUUAAUCCAAGUGAAAAUAUUUGUAUGCCAGAUUACAAUGCAAGCUGCAUAAAUCCAUGUAAAGAUACAACUGGAGCUACGAACUUACCUAAUCCGGAUUGCUCUAAAUACUUCUUUUGUAACGAUGGCCAACCGUAUAUUAAAACAUGUCCCGAAGGUGAAGGAUUUGACAUAACUCUGGGUAAUUGUCAUGCAGAUGCUGUUUGUGAAUCUACUAUGUGUGUGGGUAAAAGUGAUGGAACCACAUUCCCACUGGUAGGCAACGACACCAAAUUCUAUUUAUGUAUAGGAGGCGUAGCACAGAUAAGAGAAUGUCUAUCCGGAGUUUUCAAUCAAGCAGUAGGGAUUUGCUUGGAACAGCCUAGCCCGCAAUGUGAUCAGUCCAAAUGUAAUUCCACUAAUCCAGAAGAUAAUGCAUUUGCUCCCUUAACCAAUAUCGAUAAUACCGCAUUCUGUUUGUGCCGAGGUAAAUCAGCUUUCCUACAUCACUGUACAGCAAACUACACUUUCCAAACAGUCCUUGGAAUAUGCGAAUCAAAUGCACCUUGCGAUCCGGUGUUGUGUGAUUCUUUCCCGGAUAAUACGCGCUCCCAAAAUCGUAACGAUUCACACAGUUUCUGUUUAUGUGUCGGUAAACAGCAGGUUAUUGUUGACUGCCCCAACAACCAAACAUACAAUGCAGUAACUCGAACUUGCCAAGUGCUUGAUGAACGAUGUUCUACUACUUUUUGUCUUACUGCUCCCGAGUAUAGCACUUUUCCAGCAUUGAAUAAUGAUACAGAUGGCUUUUGUGAAUGCGUCAGUUCUGGCAGCAUAUAUAAAUUAUGCGGAAACGGUAAGAAAUACAAUGUAGAAAAAGGAAUUUGCCUUGCAGACACUGGGGAUGUUUGCAGUGGUUCACUUUGUUCAGGAAAUAUUGGAUUGGUAUUUGGGACUGAUAGUGACCCUCAUUCCUUCUGUUACUGUAUCAAUGAUGGAUUCGCAAUUAAAGAGACUUGCCCUAACUCUGAGAUAUUCAAUGAGGAUUUGUUAAUAUGCCAGGCGGAGGGUUGUGAUGGACAAAUAUGUUUGACUAAUCCUACAGGUCCGUUUCCAGCAUUAAAUGAACCAUAUGCAUUCUGUGUUUGUGAAAGUUCAGAUCCAAGUUCAGUAACUAAGCACACAUGUGUGAAUGGAACUCGUUUCGAUCCAAACUACCUAAUAUGUAAAGAGGAUCCUUGUGACAAGAACUUCUGUUCGAAUUUAUGUAAUGAUGGUAUCCCUUACCCAGCAAAUAAUUAUCCAACUGGAUAUUGUGUAUGUAAUGCUGGUAUACCUGAGCUGCAUUCCUGCUCUGACGGAACUCUUUUUAAUCCAAUCUCCAGGCAGUGUGAAUUGCCAAGUAAUGUGGAUUGUGAGGCAUGUCAAAAAUGUUUAAUGGGCCUGCCAAAAUUCCUACAAUAUCAAAGUGUAUCCACAACUAGCUGCUUAGGUACUUAUAGCGAGGGUGAAUACGUGCCUCAUCCUACUAACAAUCAACUCUACUAUAUAUGUUAUAAUGCAAAGCUUACGGAAGGCGAUUGUGGUCAAGGAAAUGUAUUCGACCAAUAUAGUCAAACCUGUCAGCCUUUGACUGGAGGGUUCAAACAGCAAAAUAAACAUAUUAUGCGCACAAAAGUGAAACCGGAUCAUAAUAAAUGGUGCAUUGAAAACGAUAGUAGAUACGUGCUGUCCAACUGCUCCCAAUAUGAAAUGUGCAUAGAUGGUGUUUGGACUCGACUGAGCUGUUCUGAUGGACAAUUCUACAGCUUUGAAGAGCAAACGUGUAUUGAACGUCGCGAUGACAUGAUCUGCAUUUCUGGUCGUAUUAAAAAAUUUCCAAAUUGUAGUAUUUCAUUGGAGCUGCAUACGGUCACUGGAAAUGACGUUAACUGCACUCAAUACUACCGCUGUAAUCAUGGCAAAUGGCGCUUGAAGACAUGUCCGAAACAACACUUUUACUCAAACCGUUUAAAUACUUGCAUCCAAAGUUCACAUGACGAUUUUUGUGCGGCACAAAAUGAACUGGACAUUGACAUUAUGAUUGUACAAGAAACCGAUUGCCGUCACAUGGAUAUGCGUCCAUAUGAGUCCAAUUGCGCAAUGUACCUUAUGUGUUUGGAUGGUAAAUGGUGGCAUCACUACUGUCCUCUUGGUAUGUUCUUUAACAGUACAUACAACUAUUGCAUGCCGGACUUGGAUGGAAUUUGCUCUGUUGCUUCUAAGCCAUAUUCAGAACAGGAAUAUUCGAAACAGUCUUGUGUUUUACAAGGUGCUCUUAGACCAUCUUAUUUGGCUUGCGAUCGUUAUUAUGUAUGUCAAGGGAGCUUUUGGGAAAUGAAAAUGUGCUCGUCUCACCAAUAUUUCAACCUUACCCAAGGUGUAUGUUUACCCGACGUAGAAAAUGUGUGUUUGCAACAACAUAAAUCUAAUUGCCUAGAAGACGAGCGACGCGAGUUCCCAUUUAAUUGUACCGCCUAUGAGAAAUGUGUUGAUGGUGUUUGGCAAAAGCAGAGUUGCAAAUCUUAUUUUAUGUUUGAUAAUAUUUUGCAUGAAUGUGUGCCCAAUAAUGGUGAGUGUGCUGAGAAUGGGUUGCGAAAAGUUUGCGAAUCUGGAGCUGUUAGAGCGCAUCCGUUUUUCGAUAAAUGUACACAAUUUUUUUAUUGUCUCAAAGGCAUUUGGAAAGAGGGUAUUUGCUUAAAAGGUCAUACUUAUUUAAAUGACUUGGCUAAGUGUGAGCCACAUUCACCGCAUGACAAAUGUCAACCGUUUAUAGAAGAACAAAAGGCAAUUAUUGGUAUGAGCUUACACGCAGGUCAAUCAACAUUGGGAAACAACGUAAGUUCUCUCUGUCUUGGUCGUGAAAAUGGUAGUGCUGUACCACACCCAGGAAGUUGUCUACAUUUUUUUCUUUGCCUUGGAGAGGUGGCAGUCAAAGAGCAAAAAUGUACUCCCGGAGCUUUUUUUGAUGCUACACUCGGUUACUGUCGUCCAAAUAACGGUAGCUGUAUAAUGCCUCUUAUGGGUGUAUGUGAGAAUUCCACUGACGGUGGACAAGUUGCACAUCCUUUCGAUUGUCAGGCUUAUUAUAAAUGUUCUGUUUUGAAUGGGACUGAGCUGCGCUAUUGCGCCGAAGGUGAGUAUUACCACAAUAUUACGGCUGAAUGUCAUAUUGAUCGAGGGGAGUGCCGUUCCAAAAUAAAAGAACACAGCAAAUGUACUUAUGAUCAGCAUGGAAAAAGUUUAUCUCAUGAACGCUAUUGUAAUAUUUAUUUUGCUUGUGUACGUGGUUUGGCUAUACCUGUAAUGUGUCCAGCUGAUAAUCACUUUAAUCCAAAUGUUGGACGCUGUGCAUUCGAUGUUGUGAGUAAUUGUGAGAAUGGUAGCUUGUCAGAAAUUAUCAAUAACUUCAAAUCGGAAGGCAUCUGUAAAAAUUUAAGUGAUGGCAUUCACUUGCCUGAUAUGACAGACUGUACAAAAUAUUACGUGUGUUCAGCUGGAUUGGAAUUAAAGAAAGAAUGUCCGUUGCGUGCAUAUUUUGAUGCAGAGCAACACCUUUGUGUACCUGAUGAUGGUUCCUGUCCAUAUGUCGUCAAAGAACAGCCAAGCAUUUUGAUUGUUCCACCAGAGCCUUCCGUAUGUGAGGGAAAACACGGGUACAUGCUGCCCGAUCCACUAAACUGCAAUGAAUUUUAUGUUUGCAUUAAUGGAAAGAUGCGUCAUGAAAGAUGUUAUACAAACUAUUACUUUAACUCAUCGAUAUUGCAAUGCCAAUCGUACAAGCAAGCUAUUGGCAAUAUAACUGAAACUGAUGCUGUUAAUGAUGAUACACACCAAUUGAAGUUAACACAGAACUUGGCACAGUGCAAACACAAACCCUCGAAUUAUACUGAACUCUGCUUGCAAAUGCCAAAGGGGUCUUCCAUUGCAGAACAAGGUGAUUGUCGAAGAUACGUAAGUUGUAGUGACGUCGACGAUCCUGUAUCUCUACGUUGUCGCAAUGGUGAGAGCUAUGAUAGCUUGCUCGGUUUUUGUCGACAGAACGAUGGCACAUGUUUGCUGGAAAAUGGGCAACGAGUUGGGGAAUGUAAUGCUCGUCACGGAGAGUUGGUAAGAGACGCAACCAACUGUAAGGCAUAUUUUGUGUGCAUAAAUGGACAGAAAAUCCCUGGGAAUUGUGAUCAAAACGAGUACUUCGAUAAAACACAGGCGUCUUGCCUCCCCGAUGGGAAUAAUCAGUGCGGCAAAGCAUUAAAUCAAGCUCAUGCAAUGAAAACACCAGCGAUGGUAAGUUUUGUAAAUUUAAAUAAAUUUCACAGCAAUAUGCAUGAUUCAAAUUAUGAUGUUAGUAAGAGUAAAAACUCCACGCAUAAUAAAUACAGUCUUGGUCGAAAUGAAGAACAACAUAUUGAACAGUCCAACAAAGAGAAAAGCUUGGAUAGCCAAGUUGUUUAUAGCAAGCGAUUCCUUCAAAUGCAACCCGAUAGCGUUGAUGAUGAGAGCACCGCACCUAUAACUGAAUCAAAUUCGCGCGAAGAUCUUAUAGCGAGUAGUGAACAUUUUAUAGAGGCUCCACCAGAUUUUCCACGAUUCUUAUCAGUGCCAGUUUUGCGCAAUUUUCGCCCAUAUUCUGAAAAAUUUACCUCACGCCAAAUCUCGUCUAGUCCUGCGAAAAGUGAUCGAGCUUUACGUCCAAAUGCAUCGGAGGGGAAAAUGCGUACUAGACGUUUAAGCCAGGACAGUGGCAUUGUCUCAGGCCGAUUGUUCGGUGGUUUGGAAACUAACAUUCUCGAUACAGUGGCUCCCACCAAGCAUUUCGCCAAAUCAUCCGAUAAUUUAUAUAAUUUUUUUAUAAGUGAAACCACGGCAAAUGCCUACAAUCAACAGCAACAUCAAAACGAACAAAUGCUGUCUGAAGCAAAAGAUCAAACCACCAGAACGAUAAUACCAUUCACAUCCAAACCCAUUGAACAUCAGCUACCAGCUUCAAAAGCAACUUACACUGAAAAAUGGCUUAACUCGACAAUUUCACGAGCCUUAGAUCAUUUGAAGUCGAACUCCAUUGCGGUACCACUGCCUACUCAUAUUGAAGCAGAAUCAGCAGAGCCUAGUCCUACACAAGCAUUUGGGCCGAAGGUUUUGAACAUCGAAGAUAUUCCUGGUACGGCAAUGAGACGUGGUCUGGGCAUUUCUUUGAAUACGCCACUUGUUGAGGGCACGUCUUAUAAUGAGGACGCUGAUCAAUGUGAUAUAGUAAACUCAUCACAAUCGAAUGUUUUACCAGAUCAAUUUGGUUACAAACAACUGAUGCCUGCAUCACGUAAGAGUUCGAAAAGCUCCAUGGCAGAUAGCAGUUUGAACGGUAGUCACUAUGGUAGCCGAAAUACUAGUAAAAGUCACAGUGCAAGUGGUGAUGAAGGCGAAAUCCGUCGUAUUAGUAAACAAGACAGAGAGGGUCUUGAUCCAGAGUCCCUUAUGUUUCGUGAUGGACGCCGUAAGGUUGAUAUGGUUCUCGCUUGGGAAGAGGAAGACUUCGGUGUAAUGACUGAGGCCGAAUCUCGUCGUCGUGACAAUCGUCGGUGUUUUAUGGACAAUCUAAUAAAGGAAGGGUUGGAAGUUGAGUUAGAAGACAAAACACAGUCCUUCAAUGAAAAAACAUAUUUCUUAAAAAUCCAUUUGCCUUGGCGGCUGGAGACGAGACUUGCAGAAGUCAUGAACUUGAAGUUGCCGAUCAAGCGAUUCAUUACAAUAUCUGUAAAAGCAUCUUGGGAUGACGAAAAUGUAGUCGCACGCAAUGUCCACUACUGGAAGUCUAUCUGGAAUCGGCUUACUCGAAAAAUUCAACUGGACCAAAGCAUUUUGGAAGGGGAAACGACAUUUAAAGCAGCUACUGCUAAUGGUAAUGCUGAGGAACAAUUUAUUGUCAAAGAUCGAGCUACUGCGUAUACGAGUGCUCAACGGUCUCUAAUGGUUAUGCAGGUCCUUAUUCGAACCCCUUUCGACGAUAGUGAUCGUGUUGGGAUUCGACGUUUGCUCAAUGAUUCGACCUAUUUGGCUUGUUUUCCUUUGCAUGAAGGUCGUUAUGAUCGUCCACAUUCUAGUGGGGUCUCAUUUGACCGCCGCAUUUUAUAUCUGACGUGGGCUCAUCCUUCUCAGUGGUACAAAAAGCAGCCCUUGUGUUUGGUUCGCAAAUACUUUGGCGAUAAGAUAGCUUUAUACUUUUGCUGGCUGGGUUUCUACACGGAGAUGUUGGUUUAUCCAGCAGUUGUAGGUACUCUGUGUUUUCUUUAUGGACUUGCGUCUCUCGACUCAGAAGAUAAUACUCCGAGUAAGGAAAUUUGUAAUGAAUUUGGAACUGGUAAUAUUACACUCUGCCCGCUGUGUGAUAAGGCCUGUAGUUAUCAGCAUUUGUACGAAUCUUGUCUCUUUUCUCGUUUAACAUACCUCUUCGACAAUCCUUCUACAGUAUUUUUCGCUAUAUUUAUGUCAUUUUGGGCGACAACAUUUCUCGAGUUAUGGAAACGUAAGCAGUCUGUACUUGUUUGGGAAUGGGACUUGCAUAAUGUUGACUCCGAUGAAGAAAAUCGUCCAGAGUUUGAAACAAAUGCUACUACAUACCGUAUGAAUCCAGUGACACGAGAGAAGGAGCCCUAUAUGUCUACCUGGAGCCGAGCAAUACGAUUCGUCAUCACCGGUAGUGCUGUCUUGUUUAUGAUCUCGGUAGUAUUGUCCGCUGUUUUAGGCACCAUUAUAUACCGCAUUUCAUUGGUUUCGGUCAUUUAUGGUGGUGGUGGAUUUUUCGUAAAGGAGCAUGCAAAAUUAUUUACAACUGUUACAGCUGCAUUGAUUAACUUAGUCGUAAUUAUGAUAUUGACAAGGAUCUACCAUCGUAUGGCCAUAAGGUUGACUAAUUUAGAAAAUCCUCGAACACACACCGAAUACGAAGACUCUUACACUUUUAAAAUAUUCUUUUUUGAGUUUAUGAAUUUCUACUCAUCGCUUAUCUACAUUGCGUUUUUCAAGGGUCGAUUCUUUGAUUAUCCAGGCGAUGAUCAAGCGAGACGUAGUGAAUUUUUUCGCCUUAAAAAUGAUAUUUGUGAUCCCGCUGGAUGUUUAUCAGAGCUUUGCAUUCAGCUAGCAAUUAUUAUGGUGGGAAAACAGUGCUGGAACAAUUUCAUGGAAUAUCUUUUUCCAAAAUUGUAUAAUUGGUGGCGUCAUCGCAAACAUAAAGCUGCCACCAAGGAUGUUACACAUCUACAUAUGGCCUGGGAGCAAGACUAUCACAUGCAAGACCCAGGACGAUUGGCCUUGUUUGAUGAAUAUUUAGAAAUGAUACUCCAGUAUGGCUUCGUAACAUUGUUUGUGGCAGCAUUUCCCUUGGCACCUCUUUUUGCACUAUUGAACAACGUUGCGGAAAUCCGUUUGGAUGCGUACAAAAUGGUAACACAGGCGCGGCGACCUCUGGCAGAACGUGUUGAAGACAUUGGGGCCUGGUAUGGCAUCUUGCGUAUUAUAACGUAUACUGCAGUUGUAUCCAAUGCUUUUGUGAUAGCUUACACAAGUGACUUUAUACCGCGUAUGGUCUACAAGUUUGUAUAUUCAAAUACAAAUACGUUGGUUGGUUAUAUAGAGCAUUCACUUUCAACUUUCAAUACAUCGGACUACAAAGAGGAGUGGGGUGCCACAAGUAGCGAAAAGGAUCCUGAUGUAUGCCAAUAUCGUGGUUAUCGAAACGGACCUCAUGAUCCCGAACCCUAUGGUUUAAGCCCACAUUAUUGGCACGUUUUUGCUGCGCGCUUGGCUUUCGUUGUCGUCUUCGAGCACGUCGUUUUCGUCAUCACGGGCAUCAUGCAGUUUAUAAUUCCCGAUAUACCUGCUGAAGUGAAGACACAAAUGCAGCGCGAACAGUUACUUGCUAAAGAAGCAAAAUAUCAGCAUGGUAUCAAACGCGCGCAACAGGGAGAAAAUCAGGAUCUAUUGAGCAUUUUCCGAGAUGCGGGAAGUCGUAGUAGUGGAGCUACUAUGGGAACAAGUGGAUUCAUUGGACGCGGAAGUUGGGCGCGACGUUUCAGUCGACUGAGUGAUGGCUUAGAUGCACACGUAGAAGUAGCUGCGCGACCUCGACGCUCAGUUGAGUCGACAGUGUGGGAGGUUUCUUGACAUGAAGAAGAGGAAGAUGCUCAAGAGCCGACAAUUGCCAAAAAUUAAUAAUACCACCAAAUCGUCUAAAUUACAAAAAGGGCUCAUAUGAUACAAAUCAUUUAGUUAAGUUUCGUAAAAUAUAACCAAAUGCACCUAUGAAUGUAUAUGUACAUAUAUAUGUUU